AUGCCCAAUCCACUUGUGCGGCUCGGUAAGGAGCUGAAGGAGGCGACGGAACACCCCGACCCGGACAUUCAUCUGGAGCUGUAUGACCCCUCCAAGGGCAGCGACGCCAGCCGCAGUAGCCAGGGCGCUGGGUCGCAGCCCCCGCAGCGGCAGCCCGGGCUUUACACAUGGCUGGCCAUUCUCAAAGGUCCACCCGAUACGCCGUUCGAGGGCGGCAGCUAUCGACUGGUGUUGAGCAUCCCGCACGAGUAUCCGCUGGUGCCCCCGAAGGCUGCCUUUAUUACGAAGGUGUUCCACCCCAACGUCGAGUUCCACACGGGCAACGUCUGCCUUGACAUCCUCAAGAAGCGGUGGUCGCCGGUGUGGACGCUGAGCUCCGUGUGCCGCGCGAUUCUUAAUCUGCUGGCGGAGCCAGAGUCGGAUAGCCCGUUCAACUGCGAUGCCGGAAACCUUCUGCGCGCUGGCGACAUGGAGGGUUACGCGAGUCUGGUGCGGUACUACGCCAUCACCGACGCGGGAGCGCCGCCGUUUGUGGAGGAGGAGGAAUGA